UCGCCUAUAUUCAUAAAAUUCUUUCAUUAUUUCAUAAAAUUAAUUACCAAGCACAAUGAAAAUAUAUAUUUGUUUCAUAUUUUUCUUGUUUGCUCAAGGCAAAUAUCAGCCGUGCGACACUAUUUGGUGCUCAAAUGUGCACGAUCCAGUUUGUGGUGAAGUGAGAACAAUCAAAGGAAAAACUUUUGUUAAAAGAUUUCAUAAUAAGUGUCAUCUAGAAAAGAUAAAAUGCAGAUUUGAUUUUAUCGAUGUUCAAGAAGUUCCAAUUGAGAUAUGCUUAAUGCAGCGCGCCCCUUUUAUGAAGACGCGCAAGGUGAAUGACUUUAGCAUAGUUGGAGCACACCAGGCUUGCAACCACACCUGCCCAACCUACUGCUUGGACACGUACGACCCUGCGUGUGCGCAGAUAUGGACUGCCAACAUGCAGAGCUACACGUACCGGCCGAUGAUAAAUCAUUGCCACAUAGACAUGUUCUCCUGUGUGAUGGGUGUAAAUGUCACAAUACACCCUCUAAUCGGUAAAUGCUACAGCAACCCAUCAGCUUUGAACUUCAUGUUCAACAUAGCCUCACUGAAGAGUCUGAAGCUUCUCGACGAGGACACAGUCGCUCACGUCAGUGGCCUGCCAGUCAUCUCCAACCCUAAAAGAAGAUCAAACACCAGAUCAUUCAAUUAUGUUGAACUGAAAGAAAUUAAAGAGUUCGUCGAACUGUUAAUUGGAUUAAACUAAUAUUGUGCCAGAAGACGUCUAUUGCUGGACAAAGACCUCCCCAAAAGAUCGCCAUAACGAUCGGUCCCGCGCUGCCCUCAUCCAACCCAUUCCAGCUAUCUUGAACAGAUCGUCGAUCCAUCUUGGGGCCUAUCAAC